GAAACAACUACCCAGAGAAACAAAAGGUGAUGAAGGCAGGUUAUAGUUUGAUACAGACUUGUUGGCUUGGUAGGAGUAUCCUUACAGCAGCCUCUCCAAGUGUAUGGACUGCCAGUCUGAAUAAAAUAAAUGACUGGAGGAAGAAUGAGGCCAUGCAAGUCUGUAAGCUCUGUAGAUAUUUUGGGACUAUAUGA